AUGUAAGGAAAAUCACAAAGAGAAGUUGCUAGUUCAUUGGAUCUUAAUUCAUCCAAUAUUACUUAAUCUCCAAAUUAAGUUGUAUUUAAUGGAAUAAAUUUAAAACCAAACUCUCCAAGAACUCUCUAAGCAUGUUAGAAGUUAGGUAUAGAUCUAAACAUUUUCCAAAUAAAGUAAACCAUUUUUUCAUAGUAUUUUAGAGAUCUUAACUAUUUUCGUACUACUGAAGGCAAUAAUGAUGAAAUUACUCAAUUGCGAUAUGAACAUUAUGUUAAUAAAACUAAUUGUAAAAUACAACAAUAUUUUAGAAUUAUUGAAUGAAAUAUUUUAGAAAAGAAAAGAAAUCAUCCGAAAAAAUAGAUAACGUUAAUUAUAAUUUGCUUCAAUUGACUCUCUUGAAAGAUCAGUUUCUCAUAAAUAAGGUUCUAAUAUAGAUUAGUCUGAGUAUGUUUUUAUAGUUUUAUUUAUUAAUCUAGAUUGAAAAAAUAAAUGGAUUAUGCUUAUAAUAAGACUUUAUAGUAUUUAUAAUAAUAGGAUUUGCUUGAAGGUUCAGUUCCUUAAACUUUAGGUGAAUGUUAAGAUGUUCCUGAAUUAGAAGGGGGACUUAAUAAAGAAUUAUCAAGAUAUAAUAAACAUAAAAUUUAGAAAAUAGUACAUUAAAUUUAUUUAAAUUAGAGAGAAGCUUAAAUUAAAUUAGAAGAAGAUAAAAGAAGAGUUGAAUUGUUAGAAAAAUUAUAGGAAAGAGAUUAAAGAAUAGUUAAAACUAUGAUGUAAAAAUAAAAGGAAAUGAAAGAGAAAUAUUGUUCAUCUAAGAAAGUUGAAAAUAAAAGAAUAGAUACUUAGGAAAUGGAAUGCAAGUCUCAACCUAGAGAUAAUGAACCACAAAAAAAUUUAUAAUAAUAAUUAUCGUAAGAAUAAAUUAAUAAUAAGAACUAAUGAAUAUAGAAGUAAAAUGAUAAUUAAAAAUGAUGAUUAGAAAGAAAAGAAAAAAAGAGAAUAAGCCUUAAUGAGAAAAGAAGAAUUCGAAAAAUAAAUUGAUAUUGAUUGUUAAAUGCAAAUGGCUAAAAUAUAAUAAAAAUUAUAUAAUAGUGAGAAAUUGCAAAAAGAAUUAAUUUAAAACAAAAUAGAAAAAAUAAAAGAAUAAAAUAUUAAAGAACAAUAAAUUAUGAAACAACAAAAGUAACUUAAAGACAAGAUAUCACAAGAGCACAUUAAUUAACUUUUAGAAAAGAUGGUAUAAAAAGAAAAAGAUUUUUAAAUUAAUUAAAAGUCGAUUUAGAAUGUAGAUUAAGAAAAAAAAUUGGAAAUUAAAUAAAAAUAAAGAAAAAUUAAAUCUAAUUAAGGAGAUAUUUUUAAAGAUAGAGAGUAAAUAUUAAUAUUAUUUUUCUAGUGAGAAAUUAAAGUAAAUAAAUGAAAAAUUUUUGAAAAUAGAAUAAUUUAAUAAAGUUAAAAAAGUAAUCAAAUUAAUCAAUUUAGGAAGAAUAUGAUAAUAAAAUUUUAUUGAAAUAAGAAAUGAGAAAAUUAAAAGAAUAAGACAAAUAAGAUAUAUUAGAUAGAUAGAAACGAUAAAAUGAAUAUAGAAUGUUAGAAAUUACAGAGAAAUAUAGAUAAGUUGAUGAAAAAAAUUAAUUAAAGUAAUAUUAAAAUGUAAAUAAAUUUUUAAAUUAAUAUAGAAUCUGUUAUAAUAAACAUCUAUGCAAAUAAGUAGAUAAGAAAUAUUAGAAAGAAAUAGAAUAUAUUCACAUUUGUAAUAAUUAAGUGACAAUCUAUUCAAUUAAAAAAUAAGAAAGCGAAAGUAAUUAAUAAAAUAAAGAUUAGUAUGAGUUAAUUAGAAAAAAAUGCGAUAACAAUUAAACCUAAAGCUAACAAUUAAAAAGAAGACACAGAAUUUGAAGAUCAUACUAGAUUAUUAAUAACGAUGCUCCAAACAUCUGAUGCUGAAGAAACAUAAAAAAAUAAAUUAAGUAGAAGACAUAAUUGA